AUGCACUGGGGUGCCAGAGUGGACUGCAUGCAGAGAGACUCAAGGGGAGUUAAGAGCCUGAUAGAAAAUCUUAAGUUAGCAACUGAAGAUGCAAAAAGGUUGGAGAAAGAAAGUGAUGUUCGAUGCCAAUACAAGAUUUCUGAGAUGGUAGCAUUAAUGGAAAAACACAAGAAUCAAUACGAUAAGAUUGUUGAAGAAAAGGAUGCAGAACUGGAUCAAUGUAAAGCAAUGGAGCAUGCGUUAACUUCUAAGAAUGCUUUACUGGAAACCAAUUUAGCUAAUACAGACCAGGAAAUAAUAUUACUUAAGGAUCAACUAAAAAAGGCCAUUGAAGAAAAGGAAAAAAUUGCAAAAGAAGCUGAUGAAAAUAAAAUUCAUCUCACCAGAGAAAAAAAGAACAAGGUAAACCGUGUACUGGUAAAUUUGUAA